CUCGGCAUUCUAGCCGCUAGGAACCGCAACAAAUUUUCGGGUGCUGGCAAUGCAUCGCCAUCGCCAUGAGCCGGCCAUUCUAUCAGCAGGAGCCGAUUUUCUAUCAGCGGCCAGUUAAUAUUAAACGCCUGCGUCACCCGGCAGGAAGCGUCUAUGGGCGCAGCUACUCGCUGGAAGAAGAGCACCAGCAUCAGCAGGAGAAUGUAGUCCCCGUCUAUCCAAAGUUCAUUUAUGCCAACCAGCGGCAUCCGAAUAAGCUGCCGCUGUACCAGCUAGGGGACUCUCUUAGUUCCUUGGACAGUGAUUUCGCAGAUGAUUACAAUGGCCCCUACAUAGUCGAGCAGCCCGUGCCUCCGCCCACUCCCAAAGUCGUGCAGAAUCUGAACGCACUGGGCAGACUCCUAGAUUUGCUGCAGCGCUGGCCAUUGCCUUGUCUCUCCUUCAACACAGCCUGCAUCUGUUCGCUCAUCAUUAUAUUUUUAGCGCCGCGGACUUGUGCACAGAGUUUAUUGUUUCCCGCUUUCAGAUUGUUCUUCGGCACCCUAUAUCCGGCCUAUGCUUCGUACAAGGCGGUGCGCACCAAGAACGUUAAGGAAUACGUAAAAUGGAUGAUGUACUGGAUUGUCUUUGCAUUUUUCACAUGCAUUGAAACAUUCACAGACAUCUUUAUAUCCUGGUUUCCAUUCUACUAUGAGGUCAAGGUGGUUCUGGUAUUCUGGCUGCUAUCGCCAGCCACAAAGGGCAGCUCCACAUUGUAUCGCAAGUUUGUGCAUCCCAUGUUGACGCGCCACGAACAGGAAAUCGACGAAUAUUUGACUCAGGCCACAGAGCGGGGAUAUUCGGCGGUGCUACAACUGGGCUCCAAGGGAGUCAACUAUGCCACCAAUGUCAUCAUGCAGACAGCCAUAAAGACCUUUUCGAUGACAACUCCGGAUCCGGCCCGCAGCCUGCAAAACUCGCAGUCGGCUAGUGAUCUUUCUGCCGUUAGGAGGAAUCAGGACAUGAUGGAUGGCUUGGAAGAUUGGCUGCCUCGGUCCAACUCGUUGAGCGGUAUCGAGAGCUAUGCUGAGCUCGAGCCACAGGGUCGCGGAGUGGUUAUACAAGAGAUGAGGGAGGAGGAGCCGCCGCAUGAUGCUGGAGCGGCUCGUCUACGUGAUUUGCCAGCACGCAGGGCGCAGCCCCGAAGAGCCGCAGCUGCUGCCUCCAGAGCACCCGUCAAACGUGUCAGCCGCACCCCGGACCUAGAGGCUCCCGGUGCUGCCACGCAAGGGGUGCGAGCACGCCGCAGGCUGCGCGAGCCCACACCCGACGUGGAUGUGGAGAACGACUAAAUGCGACACCGGCACCAGACAGGCCUCCGGCACCAAUAGAUACUCAGCGAAUGAUCGAAUUUUAUACACUCAGCGAUACCCAGCACAUAUGUACACAUACCAUCUAAUCCCGGCCGCCAGCUGGAAGCUUUUUGUUCCGCACAUGUAUAUGAUUACUCCUCCUUUCAUGUCUUUUAUAAUUCCUAUGUAUGUUUACGAUAAUUUUUUAGUAUAAUUAAAUUAUUUAAAGGCAAAUGCUUUUACUCAA